GGGCGUGGGGUUGUUGAGCUGCAGCGCGAAGCUUCAAAACCCUGGAUAUUUCUCAUCCAAACAUCAGCAUCUAUCACAGCAUUCCCAUGGCUCACGACAAGCGGUAACAUUCCUGCAGCAUCUGCUGCAUACACACGUUCAGAUAUACCAGACACUGGGAUACAAUCGCCCACAAAAAUCCACAAUGGCUUGCAGACACCUCUUUAUGCCCUUGAGGCCACUGGGAACUAGGAACUCUGGUCUCAGUCUUCAGACGACUGGAUACCGUCCCAUCCGCCCAGCAACAGCUGUUGCUAGACGAUUCCUUGCCUCGCAGCCUCCCCAAGCUUCAAGCUCCGAAUCGAUUAGCGAAUAUGCCUCAGAUUCAGCUUCCUCCAAAUCCUCAUCGAAAGCUCCCUCCGAGUCAUCAAAAUCUAGUUCUAGCUCUACAAGUACGGCGCCUCCAGACUGGGAAGACAAUCCGAACUACGAUAUCUCGCACUUCUCGGAGCUGCCGCAUACGAACUUCGGAGUUAAUCAACAUAUUGUGAUCAACGAUGAAUUCAAGGAGGCUUUACGGCAGAUACUGUGGCAGUUCAGGGCACCUAUACGAUAUGCGUUUGCUUAUGGGUCCGGAGUAUUUCCACAAUCGAAGCAGACAGCAGGUUCCUCGUCUUCUACCACCUCCAUCCACUCAAAAGCUCCCCCAGCAGUCGUGAAGGCACAAGGAGGGACUCCUAAGAUGAUUGAUUUCAUCUUUGGCGUUUCAUAUACACAACAUUGGCACUCAUUGAACCUUCAUCAACACCGAGAUCAUUAUUCGGCAUUGGGAUCUUUGGGGUCCGGCGCUGUAUCUGCGGUACAAGAGAAGUGGGGAGCUGGAGUAUAUUUCAAUCCAUUCGUGACGGUCAAUGGAACUCUCAUCAAGUACGGCGUGGUAAAUUUGGAUACGCUUUGCACAGAUCUUUCCGAAUGGAACAGUUUAUACCUUGCUGGACGCUUGCAAAAGCCGGUGAAGAUUCUGCGCGACGACCCUCGAGUGCGACUCGCCAACCAGGUCAACUUGCUCUCUGCGUUACGAACGGCACUUCUACUGCUUCCACCUGAGUUUACAGAGCAGGAGCUGUAUGGGGUGAUUGCAAAUAUCAGUUAUAUGGGAGAUCCUCGAAUGGCAUUCCCAACAGAGGACAAAUCUAAAGUAGCAAACAUCGUGGGCCACAAUCUUCCACAUUUCAGACGGCUAUAUUCGCCUCUCAUCGACAAUCUUCCCAAUGUCAGCUUCAAUGAUCCGAAAUGCUCCGAUCCAGACUGGGCGGCCGACAGUACUUCCAAUGUCUCCUUAGCUCAAGAUAUGGACCCUAUAAAACGUGGGAAUAUGGUGCGUCGACUACCGAAAGCUUUCAGGGAAAAGCUGUACUUCCAGUACCAAAAGAAAUACCAAAUACCCAGGGCGGAAUUCAACAAAAUGCUUGAAUCUUCAAGCGACGAGGAUGCCACCAGAAUCAACAGAAGGCAAGGUGGAGGUUUCGAGAGGAGGAUUGCCAACGAGCCUCCAGAGGAUUUACGAGCUGAGGUCAGAUAUGUGAUUAAGAAGACAAUUGGCUGGCCAAGCACAAGUCAAAGCUUGAAAGGCAUCUUGACCUCCGGAAUAGGGAGAUCAUGGCGAUACAUGAGCGAGAAAAUGUCAAAAUACCGAGAAGGAAAACGGAAAGCAGCUGAGGCAGCAACAGAGAAAGCCAAGGAAGCUUCUGAAAAGCAGAAAAGCGAGUCCGAGGAGAAGCCAUGA